AGGCCUGAUCAGAGCACACAGGAGCCAGCUGGGGAAGACAGCCAGGUCCAGAGCUAUGGCAAGCUGGCAGCAAAAGGUCCAGCCUGGCAGCAGGGGAAACUGAGGCAGGGUGGGAUCUUCAGGGCUGGGGCACCGAUCCGUCAGAGUGGAGCCCUUCCUGGACCCUUCUCUGGUGCCUUAGACAAGGUGGGGUGGGGUCUCAGCCCCCAGGCCAACUUAUAGGGAGGAGGGGAGGGGGAUAAGGUUUAGUAGUCUGACCCUUACCCUUAGGUCCUCAGGCCACACGGCCUGGCCUUGGAAUUCUUCUGUGAUGCUGGAACAGGAGAGGGAGACGGAGGAUGAUGAGGGAUGGGGCACUUCGGACACAGCACCCAUGCUUCCCAGGGGGUCCUCUGAGCACCAGGCCUCAGCCAGGCGAUCCAGAGGGUGGGCAGGCCUGGCCACCCAGGGCCUGGGGACUCUCCGGCUGCCUGGCCGGGUCCUAGCUGGCUUUCUGCUCCACUUGGUGCUGCCGGGGACAGUGUUCCUGCUGCUGCUGCUGCCCGCCGCAGCCAUCGUCUACCUGGGCUUCCUGUGCCACUCCAGGGUGAGCUGA